GGGUGACUCUAGGUGAUCUUCACAUCCUACUCUUUUAACAAGUGCUGCUUGCUCAUUGAAAAUGGCUUCCAAGACUCUUUUCAUCCUAGGCAUACUCUUGAUUGCCUUCCUCCUCAUCUCUUCUGAGGUUUGUGCUAAGGAGGUUGAUGCUGAGGAAGUUGUAGAUAAGGAAGCUGCACAAACAGAGCAAUACCGUCGAUGUCGCCACAGAUGCUGUGGCCAUAGGGGGUGCUAUUGUUGUUCCCAAACUGAGUUCGAAGCCCUCUCCGGGUAUGGAUGUCGCCACAGAUGCUGUGGCCAUAAGGGGUGCUAUUGUUGCUCCCAAACUGAGUUCGACGCCCUCGCCAAAGCACAAGUAAACACUGAGGCCAAGCCCCAUAACUAGACUUUCAGUCUAAUGUGGCCUGUGUGUUUGGUUACAAGUCAUGUACUUAUAAUACAGUAUCUGCAGUAAAUAAAGGCCAUGUUGAGCAUGCCCUUCCUUAAGGUUAUCUAUGCAUAACCUUGUGCUAUGUGGAUUGUAUAUGUAGCCCUUUUGUGAAUGGUUUAUAAGUAUCUUCAUUGUGUCAUUGCGAUA